AUGGAAGUACAUGUGGAAAGUGCGAAUGUGGACAUGUUGCCCAAAUCCUGCUAUGUGAGCGUGCGUGUUGGCGAAACGCUCAAGCAAGGCAGAUACGAGCCUCAAAGAGCCUACACCUUCUCAGCCAUCGAUCGUCGCCGAGACGUUCGCAUAGACGUCUACCAACACGUUGGCAGCUGCCUCCUGUCCGCGGAGCCCGACAGCGCCUCCGUCCACGACGUGUUUGCCACCAGCACCCACCCGGAUUUCCCGGCCAUGAAGUUCAAGGCUUGGGAGGGGCGACUUGUGCUUGAGCAGGUGAGCAUGUCCACCCGGUCCGAGGAUAUCCAGAAGUCCAAGACCGAUCGGGCUGAGAAGAUAUCCAAGAUGAAGGGUAGAGCCAAGGAGAAGCUGUCAGAAGCUGUCAAGGCAUCCCGUCGCAAGGGCACGGGGCUCUUCCGAAAAGUAGAGAUCUCAUUACUGGCAUACGUUCAUGCACGUCAGGCCCUCAAGGAUGUGCUCCGAAAGGAGCGGCCCGAUGGCGAUGCUGUCGAUUUCGUUUGCAAAUACCUGAUGGUGCUUCGGCGGCUGAAAGCCAAGGAGUCAGGUAGCACCAAAGCUAGCUCUCGGCCGCUACAGAAAGACAAGGAGCCAGAGAAGCCCGGCGAAGAGUCUUUCGUCAGCAUUGACGGGACAGCGGGCAGAAAACGACCGCUCCUGUGGAAGCUGAUGCCAGAGAGGCUCCGUGCCAUUGCGACAGGACCCGCGCAACGAUUUGCCGGCUGUCCGGUCGAGGCCGCUGACAAUGGCCAGCUCGAGUCGGCCCUGAAGGAUGCCAAGACCGACCCCGGAGAGGCGGAAGCAGCCAAAGCAGCGGCCAAAGCGAAGCUGAAGACAGCGCACCUGUUGAUGAGUGCAGCAGAGAAUGGCGACCUCGAGGAGGCCGUGCGUCAAGUUAAGGCCGAGCCCGACAAAAAUCCAACAGUGGAGGAGGCGGAAGCAGCCAAAGAAGCGGCCCAAGCGGCCAAAGUGAAGCUGAAGACAGCGCACCUGUUGAUGAGUGCAGCAGAGAAUGGCGACCUCGAGGAGGCCGUGCGUCAAGUUAAGGCCGAGCCCGACAAGAAUCCAACAGUGGAGGAGGCGGAAGCAGCCAAAGCAGCGGCCAAAGCGAAGCUGAAGACAGCGCACCUGUUGAUGAGUGCCGGGCCCCUUUCUUGUUUCCCAAAGCGUCCCUGGUCCCUACGAACUGUGCUGAUGGCCAAGGCCGUGCGUCAAGUUAAGGCCGAGCCCGACAAGAAUCCAACAGUGGAGGAGGCGGAAGCAGCCAAAGAAGCGGCCAAAGCGGCCAAAGUGAAGCUGAAGACAGCGCACCUGUUGAUGAGUGUCGGGUUUUCCAAAGCUUCCCUGGGCCCUAGCCAGUCCCGACGAACUGUGCUGAUGGCCAAGGCCGUGCGUCAAGUUAAGGCCGAGCCCGACAAGAAUCCAACAGUGGAGGAGGCGGAAGCAGCCGCCAAAGUGCGGCUGAAGACAGCGCACCUGUUGAUGAGUGCAGCAGAGAAUGGCGACCUCGAGGCCGUGCGUCAAGUUAAGGCCGAGCCCAACGGGAACCCAACGCAGGAGCUCAUGACCAGGGUGCCUGUGAAAUCGUGUGAAUGUGACAGCAAGAGGAGCCAGAGAAGCCCGGCGAAGAAUCGUUCGUCAGCAUCGAUGGGACAGCGGGCAGAAAACGUUGCGAAGUUUCAGUUGAAACCGACCGCUCCCGUGGAAGCCGAUGCCCGGGAGGUCGAGGCCGCUGACAAUGGCCAGCUCGAGUCGGCCCUGAAGGAUGCCAAGACCGACCCCGGAGAGGCGGAAGCAGCCAAAGCAGCGGCCAAAGUGAAGCUGAAGACAGCGCACCUGUUGAUGAGUGCCGGGCCCCUGUCGCAAAACGCAGCAGAGAAUGGCGACCUCGAGGAGGCCUGGUCUCGCUUCGCAUAUUCCAGAUUGUCAAGGCUUUUCCAAAGCUUCCCUAGCCAGUCCCGACGAUCUGUGCUGAUGGCCAAGGCCGUGCGUCAGGUUAAGGGCGAGUCCAACGGGAAUACAACGGCGGAGGAGCUCUAG